AUGCAUUAUCGCAAAAACUGUGGUGACGUGUACAAGUCAGGUGACAGGAUCAGCGGUGUGUAUACAAUCGACCCGGAUGGUUCAGGGGCAUUUGACGUGUACUGUGAUCAUAGUGCCCCCGGUGGGGGGUGGACAGUGUUCCAAAAGAGACUGGAUGGCUCAGUUGAUUUCUACCGCGGUUGGAAUGAUUACAAGCUUGGCUUUGGUAACCUGAAUGGCGAGUUUUGGUUGGGGCUGGAUAAGAUUCAUCGGCUGACCAAGAGUGAACGUUGCAACCUUCGUGUGGAUCUCGAAGACACCGCGGGAAAGGCAGCCUAUGCCGAGUAUGACAUGUUUGCUGUAACAAGCGAGAGAACCAAGUACCAGUUAGGAUUUGGAACUUAUUCAGGUUUGUACGCAUUAUCUGAACAACUUUUCAUUAACCAAUGUAUAAUUUUAGAAUUCAAGCACUUAUAUUAGAGAAGGGGAAAUUAUAGGCACGUGCGUGUGCAUCAUUGAUCCUUGGUCGAUUUAUCACAAGAUAAUAGGUGCGCUCACACCCUAGUGAUUUUACCCAUGGGCUAUGAAUGUUUUUCAUAAUGUUUUUCGUUAAACACCGCAAACAUGAAAGUGAUCAAAACCCAGAGGGACAACAACCCAAGUUAUUUCUCCUUGGGAACAGUUGCGGAAGACGUCUAGUAUGACCGCACCUAAUUAUCGCUGAGUCUUUUGCUAGUCCAAACGUCGAACAUUUCGUGAUGUGAACGAAACUUAGUGAGUUAAGUUCAUGAAAAGUUCGACGUCUGGCUCAGUCAAGUUCGUCUGAAUGAGUUUGGAUCGUCCAACACAUUCCCUCCGUCUCUGGGACAAACGUUGAUCUUCGCAACCGAGGAACUAAACUGAUAAAUUAAAAAUUUGUGAGGUAAUGUAUAUUUAUUUAGCCCCGUUCGGGACAAAAAGUUAUUAAGUUUGAUUUCUGGUCUGAUUCAGUUGACUGAUUCGACGCGUCCUUAGUUGGACGUCUGACCCAACAGAUGAUCUUAACUGAAUUUAGGUCGACCCAAAUUAGAGUUUGGUUCGUUUCAUGAAAAGUUCGACGUUUGGCUUAGGCCUUAACUGCUUUUUAUGCUUAACUAGUAAUUCAGCUUUGUAGCGAUUUGUCUGUAGGAACAGCUGGGGAUUCUUUGACCUAUCAUAGAGGUUGGUCAUUUUCAACCAAAGAUCAGGAUAAUGACAACUGGGGCAAACACUGUGCGGAGCACUUUAAGGGGGCUUGGUGGCAUGGCAGUUGUCUCCGUUCCAAUCUAAACGGCCCGUACCAUCAUGGAAAAAUCUCAGGCAAAACUUCAUACGUAGGUGUGGUCUGGUUUCACUGGAAAGGAGCUGACUACUCUUUGAAGAGAGCUGAAAUGAAGAUCAGGCCGGAAAAGUUCUAGGAAAGCUUUUUUACUGUACUAAGCCUGUACAGUAGUGUACUUAAAAUGUCUUGAGGACACACGAAGCGUUUCCAAAAUUAAAAGCCUUUUCUGAGCUAGUUAUAGAGUGAUGAUAUUUUCUAGCGAUGAAGAAUUAGGAUAAGUUCUCUAAUGGACUAAACAUUUUUUUAUACCGUGGAACCCCUUUAUUAGUACCACCGUUGGACUAGGACAUUUUGGUCGCGGGUUGGUCAUACAUCAGCGAAUUAACGGAUAGCGGUUGAAAAAUCACGUUUAUUUCCGUUGAAAGAGGUAAAGCUCUCUCCCGAUCGCUAAAUGAUUAAAUUUCUAACAUUUGAUAACUUGUUUUCUCCACAACGACAUUCUUGCUAAAUCCCGUAGAGGAAACUAGUAGCCUGACGACGGCUACCACAGUUUUCCCGCCAAAAUGACGUUGGUAAUCGCGGGCGUGCACUACUUAAAGGGUGCGUUCUUUUGGGAUGAUCCGGAUCAGGAUAAGUGAUCCGAGAUCAUUCUGAUCAUAGUAGAUCAAAUACACCGAUGAAUCCACUAUGGACAAGGAUUCAUCGGUUCAUUUGAUCUACCAUGUUCCAAAUGAUCUCGGAUCACUGAUCCUGAUCCGGAUCAUAUCAGAGGAACGCACCCUUAGUAUUAAGACUAGGAGUAAUCGGAGCUUAGGAGAGUGCGUUCGAUAUGUUUGUUAGGCGUAGAGGUAGCAGUGGAGGGGAAAGGGUGGAUGGUUCUUGCGAUAGAUAACUAUGAUUAUGGCAUAUUUUGAACGUAAGGGUUGCGUACAGCGAAACAUUGAUUAUAACAUUGAUCUCAGAAAACUUCGCGUAAACAAAAGCACCGGCCGCCGAAACCACAAAGCGGCUCUAAAUGAAAAACCUACCUACCGACUUUCCUCAAAUGAUUCUUCAUUCGCAGUUCAAUUUAACAUUUCAGUUUCGAAGACAAGGGCAAUUUUGCUGUUUAAGAUAAAGGUUAAGCUUAUCGAAAUGUUUGAAUUAAACGAAAGAAUGCCAGGGAUGCGAUCCGCUGAAUAUCAAGCGACAAUCCCGCUAAAAUUUUUCAUAAUUAUUCAUAAUUAUGCGAAUGUUUAGACAAUCAACCAAUCAAAAUCACUACUCGGUUUUCGGGUAGUGAGUGGACGUCACUGGACGGUAUUAACGGCCGGUCGAUUCAGACGUUGUUGAGAGGAGAAAACGACUCGAAGCAAUCGGAUGAAUUUCAGGCUACAAAAAACGUUGAUUCACGUCGAUAGCUCCCAAGUUUCGCUAUGUAAUUCUGGCUUGAUGAGGCAAUGAAGAAAUGCAUGCAUAAAAUCGAGAACAUGCUUUUACAACACCCUAUCCUUGGCCGAGAUCGAGAGCUAAUCUGCUUUCAUUCAGUAGUAGUUUUAUUCUGAUAGGAAAAUGCGUGCGUGUCAAAAGCUCAGCAUAGCCCCGGGGUUUACAAAUGCCCGGCCCCCGGGCAGCGCAAAAUUUGCAAAUGCCCCACCCCCGGGACUGAAAAGGAGGGCAAAUGCCCCGCAGUAGCCCGGGGGGGGAGGGUGGUGAGAGGGUCGCAGCUGUAACCGUGAAUGACGCAUUAUCAAUGUAAACUUUUGAUAACCAAAGUAUAGAAUUGUAGAACAUUUCGCUUAAAACAAAUUCCAUCAAUAUUGUUUAAUCUCAAGGUUUCUACCUCGUUUUUGCAGUGCGAUUCUCUUCCUUUGCGAUAGGGUCAAAAGUUAUCUCAGUUCUUCCUCUUUAGUUUGUAAUACACAGAAAGGGAAUUUGAAAAGGAAAACUGAUAUAAAAAAUAAGAAAUGAAUAAUGAAUAUCACGGAAAAAUUAAAAAUGAAUAAUGAAUAAUUUAAAGAAAAAAGCAAAGAAUAAAGAAUAAUCGAGAUCCAAUUAUUCAUUUUCCACCCCCGAGAAUCACAAACACGUCCGUGGUCUGCUCUGUUUAUUGCACAGCACUAGCCUGCGUACCAGGCGUCGAAAGGGGUAGGGGAUAAAGAAAAAGGGAGAAAGGGAGGGGGUAGGGGAGAGAGGGGAAGGGGCUCCCUUCCCUUUCCCUUUCCCCUCUUUCGUGCUUUUCUCCCUCCCCCUAUCCCUCCCCUUUUUAAACCACAAGGAGGAGCCCGAUGACGGCUACGUAUAGUGUGACGCUCACAGCUUGAGGUUGGGCGGGCCUUUGAUUUCUUACAUGAUUUCUUCUGGUGAACACCCUGAAAUGUUUCAUUAGCGGACUAGGCGUCGCCAAGCAUCAUGAAAUCUUUUUUUCUUUUCUGCAUCGGCCUCCUGUUUCAAGGAGAAGCUGUUCAUUCAGCAACAAGAAAGGAACAAAGUCAACUAGAUUCGAAGACCACGCCAUGCACUGCAAACAACUACAACGGCAUUUAUGCGGAGCCCAGCAAGAAGCUGGAACAUGUUAUUUUGGGUAUGAAAAAGCAAUUGGAUGAGAUUCAGAAGAACCUUAAAGGUUCCUCGUGCAAGGGAUGUAGGAACAAUACUAAAGGUUAGUUAAAUUAUGAGGAGUAAAAUUAGUAUAAGGAAAAAUCUCGUUUCCUUGAAGAAUGCGUUUUCCAUUCACAAUUUCGCUGCCGGGGCAAGUCAGGUCAAGAAAACUCAGGUCAAGUGCGCAAGUUGCAUGGGAGAGUACUGAGGCGGUAUUAAACUAAAUUCAAUCGCGUCGCGCGUCCGGAGCAAUAUUCAGGGUCUUGAGAAGCUGAGGAAGAUGCCGGGGAAAGAUGGUAUUGACUGUGUGGCUUGCAUGACUACAACUGACACAAAAAGCGGACAGUCUUAGUUCCAGUCGUGAGGUAGAAAAGUAAUCCCUAAGUUUGCCACUUCGUUUAAGUCGGCUACUCUUUCUUUACACGCGCGCGGUUUUGGACACCUCAUAGAACUAACCCUUUUUCUUACAAAACGGUAUUUUUUGCUAGAGUUAGUGAGCCGCCUGCUCUGGCCUCAUGCAAACGAAAUCGAAGCGCGAGGCAUUAUGGGAGGGGUAAUAAUUGAUGAGAGCAGAAUGAGAUAAAGGGAUGAUGAGAGAGUGAGAGAGUGAGAGAGUGAGAGAGAUGUGUGUCGCGUAAUUCUUUCAUCUCCGCACACCCACGCUCAGAGCAUAUUACAGCUGUGGUCAUACUACAGACUUUUUUUACCUAGGUAAACUCGACUUGUUGAGAGUUUUCCUAGGGAAACUUGAUUUUUUAACUGUGAAUUUUAUCGUCUGGGUCUUGGAUAUGUCUCGAGAAAAAUAGAGUUUCCCUUGACAGCUACCCCGAAGCGAUAACAAGGGAAAAAAGAAAUACCGAGGUUGCUAGCCAAUAGCCGCUCAUCGGCGAAGGUCUUGAUGACAGAACCGGGCAAAGAAAUUUUGGGGGCACGAUUCGUCUACCUUUCUUCACCUUGCACGUUGAAUUAGCGCAAGAAAAACCAGCGAGAUAAAAGAAAAAAACGUCUCUUUGAUCAGCUAGAUCCCUGUGCAUCUUGCCUUGUUUAAUUUACGCUCCAAAAAAUUCAACUCGCGCGAAAACCUUAGGAGCCGAUAUCAGUAGUGUGAUCUUACCAGAAGUUUUCAUCUGGGUAAAAUAAAACCCGAGAUGAAUUUACCUCGGGAGAUUUUUGAUGAAUUUGCCCUAGGUAAAUAGGUUUUACUAUACUUAGGUGAAAGCCUGUAGUGUGACCUCGGGAACCACGCCGGUUCAAAGGUAGCCAAAGCUUGAAAUAUGAGCUUCGGCACUGUUAAUAAAGCUCAAAUAUUUGUAUGGCGAAAAACGACUGUUUUUUUUUUUUUAACUUAUGAAUGUGAAGGGAGCGGCUAAUAGGCUGACCUUAGUCACGUUGCGUGUUUCCUCUUUUCUGCAUGAUCCUCAAGCUGCGCCGUUUGAUGAUCCAACCCCGUUACCUUUUAAACAAUUUUUUGUCCCUUUUUACCUUCAUAUAUAUACCUUCAAUUGACAAAUGGUACCACUUUCACAUACCUAGCUAGUUUAGAACACUUUGCUGGAUCCCUUCUAAUUCUAUAUGCACUGUAAUAAAAUAUGAAUAAAUCACUAUGCCAUAGCCUGGGUAGCAGGCGCUUGGAAGUAGUGCGCAAGAACCGGCGGGCAAGAAUGAGACACGAGAGGGGAGAGGGAGCGUGUCUCCUUCGCGCGCGCCUUUUCUCUAUUUCGCCCACUACUUCCAAGCGCCUGAAAGAAAGAAAGAGAGAGAGGACAAACACUGGUUUUUGGCAGUCUGGUAAUUUGUUCGCAUUGUUACAAAUGCCGUCACCGCAAAAUUUGAAAAAAAUUUUCGGCGAACCCCCUUUAAACCCAAUAUUUUCUUUUGACCCCCUCCUAUAAAGCCAUUUGUUUCAUGACCCCCUCAAACCCCACCAGCUAUAACAGCGGAGGAACGGAUAAGACAUAAAUUGAUUAGUGGGUUAUAUAAAAAUUGAACAUAAUUAAUGAAAAUAUUUUCAAACUGCUUAAUUGUCAACUUUGUUAAAAUGCCGGUUAUUCUCGUCAGUCCACUCCCACAAAGACUGUGCUGAGCUGUACAAAUCUGGUAAAAAGAUCAGUGAUGUUUGCACAAUCGACCCUGAUGGUUCAGGAGCCUUUGAUGUGUUCUGUGACCAAAAAACAGACGGUGGGGGGUGGACGGUGUUCCAAAAGAGACUGGACGGCUUGGUUAAUUUCUACCGUGGCUGGGCUGACUACAAAGGGGGCUUUGGUAACUUGAAAGGUGAGUUUUGGCUUGGACUGGACAAGAUCAACCGCUUAACUAACAGUGGACGGUACAAGCUUCGUGUGGAUGUUGAAGAUAUCGAAGGAAAAACAGCCUAUGCUGAAUAUGAUAUGUUUGCUGUAACCAGCGAGCGAACUAAGUACAGGCUGAGCUUAGGAAAGUACAACGGUAUGGCAUCUCUGGAUAUUUAUUAAGUAUUUGUUUGAUUUUUUUAAAAAAAUUCUUUACUGUUAAAACCUGUAAAAAGUCUUCUUUAUCACUUAAAGGAGCUGUGUCACGAAAUUUAUCAAAACCCGUGGGAAACACCACCAAACUUAGAGAAACAUAAAAAUAACUGCUCAAAACGUGAAAAGAGGUAAAGAUAACAGCAAAAUCAAAAGGAGAAACGGAUGGACAAACUUGAAGAAGAUUGAAACGGAUUGCAGUUGUGGUUUUUGAAAACUUGUAAGUAAUUUCUCAAGUUCCAAAGCGAAUAAGGAGGCCCAUUGGCAUGAUUCACAAAACGAACUACAGACAAAGAGCACACAACUCCUUUAAGCAAUGUACAAAGUGCGGAUUAGAGGGCAAUACUAAAAAUUGUCGCAUUUUGAAAAGUAAGAGGCUGCUGAUGCCCACAGUGACAUCUGUCAAACAUAACUCUACGUUACCUAUUCUGUAGGUAAGCGUGCAUGUUUUCCCAAACGUCCGCAUAAUUCAAUGUGGCUCUUGAUCAGUCUCGGUAGUUUCUUCUCGUUUCCUACUUCAAAGUUUUAUUUUUCGGGCAGUAAAACUUCAGUUAGCUAGUCAAAUCUAACAUGGUUAGACCCAAUCAAACUAAAACGGACUUUCCUCCUCAAAACUUUUCUUCGUCAUGAAUUUCGAUAAGCAAAUCAUUGAACGAUUAAAGAUUUCGCCCGCUAAAGGAAUCUGGAAUCCAAGUAAUUCGGAACCCAGAACAGGAAAUCCAGAACAGUCGACGGCGUGGAAUCCAGAAUCCAAGACUGUCUCAGAUUAUCUUACAUCGGACGAAAGAUUAGCGUCUACUGCAUAUUAUCAAACAUAUUGUUUUUAACAGUGAAAAGUUGUUUCAAAACGAGUUGAGGUUAUUUGCAUUCCCGUAGCGCGCGUCGAAAUGUUCAGUAUAUUGGUACCCCAAAAUCCACCUUUUUCUUCUCCAGGAACCGCUGGGGAUUCCCUUUCUAAGCAUCGCGGUUUUCCGUUUUCAACCAAAGAUCGCGAUAAUGACGAUGUUUGGAGUACUAACUGUGCAGAGCGUCAUGAGGGAGCUUGGUGGUACUAA